AGAGAGGAGGCUGGAAGAGAAGCAGAGGAAAAGGGAGGAUUCUGUGGAGUUCUCCGGUUCUCCCCUCUCUCUCUCUCUCUCUCUCUCUGUCUCUCCCUCUCUGUCUCCCCCUCUCUCUCUCUGUGUGUCUCCACCCGGGCCGUGUGGAUGUCUGCUCUCCGGAGGCUGUAAAUGUUGAACUUGAUGGGUGUUCCGAACGCCACCGCCGCCAAUGUCUCCUGUACUUGUAACUGCAAGCGCUUCACCUCCCUCCAGAGCAUGGAAAUCACCCAGCUGGAGUUCGUCCAGAUCCUGGUGAUCGUGGUGGUGAUGAUGGUGAUGGUGGUGGUCAUCACCUGUCUGUUGAACCACUACCGCCUAUCAGCACGCUCGCUCCUCUCCAGACACGCCCCUACACGCAGGAGACACCUGCCGCUGGCCAACGAGGGCAGUCUGUGGUCGUCUGAGGGCGCCGGGACAAACAGUGGUCUGAAUGACGUGUACAACCCUCGACCUCCGGACCGAGGCGUCCACUCGUCCUACCUUCAGCGGGAGCCGCUGCACGGCCAGUCGCAGCCUACCCUCCAGUCGCAGCGCUUCCAGCACACGUACGCUCCGAGUCGCUUCCAGCCGACGUACCCCUACCUUCCCCAGAGCCUCAUCGACCUCCCCCCCACCAUCUCCCUCUCAGAUGGAGAAGAGCCGCCACCCUACCAGGGCCCCUGCACCCUGCAGCUCCGAGAUCCGGAGCAACAGAUGGAGCUGAACCGCGAGUCGGUCCGAGCGCCGCCCAACCGAACAGUGUUCGACUCCCACCCCCUCGACCCAUCCAAUUCCUGUCUGCAGGCCAGACUGCAGGCUCCUCCUCCGAGCGUCCAUUCAGGCAUCAGUGUGUUAGAAGCCCAGGAGGCCUUGUCCCGGCACCAGAAGCAGGGCUCUCGAGUAGAGGGAGCGCCCCCGGCCUACAGCGAGGUGAUUGGGCACUACUACCAUCCGACAUCCCUGAACUCCAGCCACAACCAUCGGACUGUUUCUUCCGCACAAGCACCCCCGUCCUCGCUCAUACAUGGUCUGAUCCGACCUCCGCCUCAGCAGCAAGGAAGUGUGGACAACAGGAACGCAAGGAAUACAAAGGAGAAAUCCCAGAAGCCCCAGCAGGUGUGACAGUACUGCUUCCUCUUUUCUAGCCCGCAGGAAGGAUUAUGCCUCGCCACUUCGGGGAAACGGUCAGCAGCCAACAAGGAACAACCUGGUCGGUGGUUAACUCCACAGGUCUAAGGGCUGGUUAGUUGUGGUCGUAGCUGACACGGUUUCCCCUCAUCACGGAUCGGGCUAGGAGCGGGAGGCAGCAGCGCACGCCGGCUUCUCGUUAGGUAAGAACAUCUGGAACCCGCAGCAUUCCUGCAGAGCACGGAUGCAGGAGAACAUCUGGUACUUCCUGCUCCACAGUUUCCUGUGCACUUCGGAUGAACCGAUGAUGAUGUCCGAGAAGGAGGUUGAACGGUGGAGGCGGGGGAAAAGGCGGAUACAGAUGCCUCCUUCUCCCCCACAGCAACUCCUCUCGCUGCAGCUCAUCGCUCCUCCAUGAUUGAACUAGCCUUCACUCAUUAUAAAUAUUUACUUGUUCUGUUUGUUUCUGUAGAACCUUUUCUUUGUUUGUGCGACUGUUUUGCGCUUACAUUUCUAUCCAGGCAAACGGUGAAAUGUGGCAGUCUCCUUGGUUCUUCCAGGAAUUUGUUUUGUUUCCUCGUGAUAAUCCCCCCUCGCUGCUUUGACUCCAGUAAGUUUGUUCGCGACUGCACAGUUCAGCGUUUGGCGGCGACUCCUGCACCAGGCUUUAGCUGCAUCACUGAGACAAGUUAGCACUCAACAAUAUUCACAGAAAGAGUUUAGAUGUUGUUAGCAUUACUUUAAAUCUAGCUUACCAGUUGUAGCACAGUGCUAAAACGUCCUCGAGCUAAACAUCAUGCCUUAUAUCGACCAACUGAUGCAGGAGUUGUCGUUAAAAUCAUUUCCUUUUUAUGUUUUAUGUUUUCUGAAGAAGGUUUGCACAAAGUUCAAGACUGUUGACCCCAGAAAAAAUCUGCAAUAUGAUUGAUAAGAGAGAAAAUAGAGAAAGUAGGGGUAUUUUUCUAAACUAGGUGGAUUCUUAUCAGUGAAGAUGUUUUUUUCUGUUUGUUUUUAUAUGUUGUGUAGUUUUAGAAAAAAAAAGAAACAAACAUCUGUAAUCUGUUGGGGUGCCAACUUUCACGUUGAACAUUUUGCUACAUACAUGUUGGCAUGUAUAUAUGUUACAAAUGGACUAUAUAUACACACACAUGUAUGCAAACCGAGAGCAAACUUAAAAGCACGAAUUUAGAGUUAUUUAUAUAAUUGCUAAAAAGAAUUGCACUAUUUUUUAGUAUGCGCAGAUGGAACGUGUGAGAGAGACUUUUAUUGUGAAGGAGCUCUGUCCAUUGAGAAACAAAAACGAAGAGAGAAACCUCCGGGGCGUCAAGGGUCGGGUCACUUCAGUGCACAGCGGCAAGUAUCAUGUGAACAUAUCACGGGGAGAUUCUGACUUUGAUUCAAAGGACUUGGAACAACCAUUACUGUACCAUUGAUAUUAAAAAAAAAAAAAGAAAUCCCUGGUUUAUGCAAAUGUCCGAGUCCUGCGAGCCAACCACAAGUCAGCAUCCAACCUAACCUGUGGGCCCAAUCAGAAACCCUGCUCGUAGCUCUCUCUCUCAUCCUAGUGGCCCAAUCGUUAGCCAAUCCCAAAGCCCAAAGCAGGCUGUCACUACCUCGACCAAACAAGUCAAGCACAUACGAGUUUGCUCACAUUAAUCAGACGUUGUCUCAUCGAACAAAAGUCUGAACUAAUCAAGACAAUGUGUAUUGUAUCAGUGAAAGAUAUUAGAGUAGUUUUAAAAUAUCCUGCUGUGUGUUAUUUUAUUUUGAAUGUCAAAUUCUUUUUUGUUUGUCGUGUGAGAAGAGAGCGGGAACGACGCAGGUUCAGUGACACCAGGUCAGGUCGCCCGAAAUGUGUGAUACACCGACUGUGCACUGCCGUGGCCGCACACACAUGAACGCAACGUUUCUGCAGUUUCAUUUAAAGUCGCAUCUCUCCUGCCUUUUUGAACACACACACGUGUACCCACAAUCCCCUCUGGUGGGGUUCUCUCUUGCAGGCAUCUCUGAGCACUUUACUGCACCAGGAAGGAGACAACAAUCUUCUGUCAGCCAGCGUCGGCCAGAAUAAAACUUAGAAACUUCAGUCACACCUUUGCGUUAAGUCUAGAUUAAAUUCUCUGAUCUUUAGAGCCACACUUUUAAAAGAUGCAAAGGAUCCGACAUCUGAUGCCAACUUUGACACAAACCGGUCCUCAUCAAGAAAAGGAUUUAGGUUCGAUACUGAGCCCUUUUAGCAUCCGACCAUUACACAUGAUUAGUUUGUCCAUUCAAAAAUAAUUGACUUCCUUUACGUCAGUUUUGGAAAACACAACUCUUUGCAGCACAGGAUGAGUUGUUGCAAACUAGACACGCUGAAGUGUUGAAAAGUGACACGAGUGUUAAUAGCAACUCAUCUUGUGUCAACUCUUGAACAGUGUGGAGAUAAAGGUUCGAUUAUCGUUAGAGUAGAAUUUUAACGGACUUCUAGAUUUAGCCGUUUCCAUAGUGACCAACACUCUUUCAACCCCGUGGUCCGAACAGUGAUCUCGAGUUUGUAUUGAUGUGAAGGAACCACAGCCCAAAUGAAACCAGCGCCCUCUAGUGUUCAGUCUUUAUGCAACAGCGCCCUCCACAGGGACCCAACCAAACUGCAGCCCAAACUCCGAAAGCUUAAUUUAGUAGAGGAGAGACUCAAAGGCCAAAAAAAGAUGUUUUAUAAUCUGAUGUGGGGGAUUUUUAAAUCAUUUGUCUUCUCUUUACUUUUGAAAUCACAGGUGUUCAUCAGUAUCGAUGUUUCGAUCACAUUUCAGUCUCAAAACAAUUCAAUUCUUUUUUUUUUCGGUGGGUUGAGGAGUUUUACACGACGCUUCAAAUGCCUAAAAAACAGAUGUAAACUGUCAUAGAAACAAAUUGUCUGAGGAAAUAAGUUUUUCUUUCAGGGACGUUUAAUUAGUAUUUUGUCAGAUCAAAAGAAAUUCAACCUUUAGAGAAUGAAGAGAAACUGACUCAGAUCAACACAGCAGCAGAUAAACAGUGUGAGAUCUGUAGUUUACUGUCGUUGUGUUGAAUCCUGACUUUAACAUCAAUUAGAAGAAGAAAAGUGAAGACAAAUAAUCAAAAGCCGUUUGUUUGUGAAUCUCCGUCGUCUUGUUGACGUCUGUGUUCUCUCCUUUGUUCCCGUGCUGCUGUAACUCAGCUGCAUUGUGUAUUUAAUGACGAGCACUUAAAGAAAAGAAAAAAAUCAUUAUAUGAAGAAAAUCAUAAUCUCUUGACCCCAAAGGAGUGACGAUUGAAUCAAUCAAAGUUUGAAUCACCUUUCAACUUGUUCGGAGAUAAUGAGCCUGGUUCCAAAGCAAGAUUACACCUUAUUAUUUACCUUUAUUUCAUCAUCUCUUGUUUCCUCUCCCGUCCUCUUCUUUCCCUCCAUCACUGUGACACUUGUGUUUGGGACCGGCUUUGUUUCCUGUGGACUAAGGUGUGGUUCCCUGCUCUGGAGGGUUUGCGGCGGGUAAGAAAAGGCUGAACAGGCUAACAGGGCUACAGGAGAUUACAAUCGUUAGAAUAAUUAAAAGUCAUGUACCUUAAGUGUAGUUUAAAAUAAAAUUUAAAAAAUCUGUCGCUUCAGGGAAACGUACGCUGGCUGACGAUACAAAAUAAAAAAAGACAGGAAGAGGGAAAACAACUACACAAACACACAGGUUUGUUUACACAGCUCCAUAAAACCUGCAACCACUGCUUAAUAUGACAUUUACACUCAUCAGGUCAAUUAGAACGUAAAAUGUUUUCUUGAUUUAAAACUGUUGAUGCUCAUUUCCACACCUGCUAUAAUCAUUUGUCUCGUAUCGUAACUUAACUCUGAGACACCGAGGAGAAAAUCUACAUUCGUCAUCGUGAAAGGAAACGUUUGACGUUUUGGGAAAUAACGUCGACUUCCGUUGAGUCGAACGGAUCUAAAUUCAAUAUUAUUCACAGGUUCAAAGUAAUCAGGGCUCCAAUGUCCCAAACUUGUCCCGAGCAGAUGAUGAUCUGUGUUUAAUUUGUGGUCACACAUUUAGCUUAGCAUUAAGACUAGCAGGAACAGAAGCAAGUGUGUCAGUUAGCAUAUUAGCCAACACAGCGUUUCAUAACACGACAGUGGACGACAUAAGAGUUAAUGUUCACUGACUUGCCCUGAGAAAGACCUGCAGCUGUCUAGACAGAAACUAAACACACACACACACACACACACACACACAGUAGACUAAAUAAACUCACUUAAGCACCAGACCUUCCACACACACAGGUGCACUUUCAUUCAUCCACAAACUCUUAUUAUGGACCACACAAGAGAGUGAAAACAUUUAUCCCCCUCACACACACACACACACUUCCCUCUUCCUGUCUGAACAAGCUCUACCUGUUCCCUAGAGAUGCCUGCUGUCCAAUGACUGAGCUCCCUUCUGACCGGCCCUUGCCGCCAUUGGCCGGCCGUCUUUUCGGUCUCCCUGGAAACGUCCAUCGUAUAUUAUUGUUGCUAUGUCGUUACAAGUGUGCCUGCCUGUGCUGAGACGGGCAAAAUGUGAGUGGCUAGUUUGGGCUGUCAAUCAUCCCAGGCCACGCCUCCUUACUGUCUCGCGUGAUGAUUGGAUGAUGAUGAUGAUGAUGAUGAUGAGAUUGAGGAUAGUGAUGAUGAAGAUGUUUUUGAUAGUGAUGCCGCAGAGAGCGUUGCAAUACACCUACUAUUUGCCUUUUUGAUAUUAGUCAUAUUUUAACGUAGUGUGCUAAAUGUACGUUUUUUUUAAUUGAUGUUUUUAUUGUUGUUUAUUCACUUGAGAACAAAAAAAAAAGGUCAUUUUAUUAUCAAUCCACUGAUCACACAAAACUUUUCUUUUUCCAUUUCUAAAACCAACGUCGACAGUGUAAAACUACCUAACACGCAAACGCUGCAGAUCCCUGGGGGAGGACGUGUAAAUACAAGAAAAUGUACUUCUGCUUCUAAGUGCCCUUUCCAGUUUUAAGUGUGCAUGUUAGCGCGCCGCUGUGAGUGUGAUUCACGUACGUCACCGAUCGUUUCUGCUCUCGCACUUACAAGUUCAAGUAUGAUUCGUUGUGCUCGGUAACCCAGUCCGCUACAUGGCUAAUCAUCACGUCUCCUCGCCUGGCCCAGCGUCUACACGUGUGCCUUCUGGUGUCCGGUCUCAGCGGAGACUUCACCCGACUGUAAAAACACAUCAUGGUGCAAAAAACUCUUCGAGUACUCUUGUUUGUGUUGUCGUCUGACAUCGAACAGCACCGGAAUAUCAGAAAACAGAUCCCACUGUUGUAGGAACAGAAGUUCAUUCAUGCCAGAAAAAUCCAAACUGAAAAAAAUCACAUUGACAAUUUUCCUUUUGUGUCCGAAGGUCGAGAACGAGUUUUGAUCUCAAUUUAAAAGCUAACUUAGAUUUAAAAAAUAAUUUAAUGUGAUAAUUAAAAUAAAUCUUGAUGUGUACUUCAAUUUAAAGUCAAUGUCAACUAUUGAUUCAAAUCUGAGGUGAAAAAAAAUGCUUAUUCAAAAAUGUGAUCAUCUGUGAUUUAUUGUAAAUGUUUAUCUGUCGUGAAUAUUUUCCUAUCAUUCCAACUGUUUGUUCCUUUUUCUGGCAUGAAUGAACUUCCAUAAGUUUCAAAUUUAAUCCGUCAUAGGUUCUUACGCUGCGUUCCAGAGAUGUCUGACCUCUCGUCAAGAAUCUGGAGCUCAGUUUUCUGUCUGCAGUCUCGUUAAAGACAUUUUUCCAAAGAAGGAAUCAUCCUAAACAAAACUCUUGUAUCUGUAAAAAAAAAAAGACAAGAGUUACACCUGACUUGAACUUUUCUGUUUCUUUCAGUUCUUUGGACGAACGUGUUGCUUUAGACGUCUUUUUCCAGUUUCUCUACGUAUUUCAGUUACACAGUUGAAACAAACUUGUACUUCGAACACUUAAAUACUCAGCAAACUGGAGAAAGGUGAAAAACAAAGCAGAUGUUUUGCUCCUUUGUGUUUUUGCUCAUUCUGCAUCGUGGUCUUGUUUUCUGCUCGCUCUGCUCUGAAUCAGCGCCGCGCGGCGCCUCUCCUCUGACAAUGUUGAAGAAAAUAUACGAAAACACUCUUUCGGUUGCAGUAUGUAUGUGUGCGUAUUUAAACAAGCCUCGAUAUCUUACAGGACGCAACGCUCGUCCGCCACAGUGACUAUUGUAGAAGUCUUCCACCCGUCGUCGAGUUUAAUCCUGCACGCAUGUUAAAUGUGGGACUUGUACAAUAGAUCCGUUUGUUGUGGUCAGGAUUCCUUCAUGCGUCUGGUCCCGAGCUCUGAGAAUCUGUGAGUUCAGCCCGGAGCAGACGUCACAGAACACACGAAGGAACCCUGAUCUGCUCUUGUAGAAAAAUGAUGGAUUCUCCUGAAUUUAAAUUAAGCACCAGGCUCAUUCAUCUCCCACUGCAGCACAGCGGGAGGAAGAAGAAAGAGAUGAACACGGUGCUGGAAAGUUCAGGGUCUGAAUCUGUUUUCUGUCACAGCAUGGCUCGCAGUUAUAUAGAGGCCUACUUAUUCUCAAUGAUGAUAAUUGCUUAUUUGUGUAUUAAAACAGUUUAUUUUAAUUUA